AUGCCUUUCAGCGGCAACAAAUGGAAUGAUGGGAAGAUGGUCUCAUUUAGUGAAAUGCUCCAAAUAAUUAGAAAGCAGUGGCCUAACUUCGAUCCUCUUCCCAAUGGGCCCAAUGAUACCUCAAAGCUAUUUUCUUACAAUUUCUUUUUGCCGGCAUACCAUGUCCCGGGCUUCAAGGGAUGUGUGGGAUUUAUUACCUCAAUGAGUGAACACUUCUGUGGCACGUGCAACCGUUUACGGAUAACAGCUGAUGGCAAUUUGGAGGUGUGUCUCUUUGGGAAUUCAGAGAUAUCUCUCAGAGAUGCAAUACGAAGCAAAUGCAGUGAGGAUGUCUUGCUUGCCAUGAUUGGGGCAGGAGUGAGUAGAAAGAAGAAACAGCAUGCAGGCAUGAGGAACCUGUCAAAGAUGAAGAAUCGGCCAAUGAUUCUUGUUGGAGGAUAA